GGGCCGGUUGGCGGGCAGCGCUCGGCGGAGACGUUCCGGGGUUUCCACCGGAGGGCUGGGUAGAAUUAUCAGCACUUUGGCUCUUUACAGGACCCAGGAUUCUCAUUCUCCUUGUGACCACCCCGGGGCUGAGGCACCCCGAGCCCUGCACCCCGUUACCAGCCCCGGUCACAGGAAGGGCUGCGCGCCUGCUCAACUGCACAGCAACAAACCAACCCAACGCGAAACUAUGAGGCGGGAGCUACUUCCAUGUGGGCUUCCUGCUGUGGGUUGCUGAAUGAAGUCAUGGGCACCGGGGCCGUCCGUGGUCAGCAGGCUGGCUUUGGGGGAGGUGCUGGCCCCUUCCGAUUCGCACCAAACACAGACUUCUCCGCCUAUCAGUCUCCAACCGCAGCGGGCACUAACAUCGUUUGCAAAGCCUGUGGACUUUCCUUUUCGGUUUUUAGGAAAAAACAUGUGUGUUGUGACUGCAAGAAGGAUUUUUGCUCAGUUUGCUCAGUCUCCCAAGAGAACCUCCGAAGAUGUUCCACUUGUCACUUGCUGCAGGAAACAGCCUUCCAGCGGCCUCAGUUAAUGAGACUGAAAGUCAAGGAUCUGCGUCAGUACCUGAUUCUCAGAAACAUACCAACAGAUACCUGCAGAGAGAAGGAAGAUCUGGUGGAUCUUGUGCUGUGCCACCACGGAUUGGGGGCAGAGGAGGGGAUGGACGCUGGCAGCUUGCAUUCCUCACGCUCACAGACUUCGGGGUUUUUUACUCAUCCCUUUUCCAUGUCCGUUUCGGUGUCGUCCCAAGGAGAACUUGCAAACAGAAGGGGAAGCACAGGAAGUGGAACAGCCUUACGGGGACAAACGGAAACAUCUUCUAUAAAUAACGAAGAAGAAGAAAGUGCAGAAGAGCAGACCCCUGGAUUGUCCAGAAAACGAGCGAGGGCAUCUUUGUCUGAUAUCUCAAGUCUGGAAGACAUUGAAGGAUUGAGCGUUCGGCAGCUGAAGGAAAUACUUGCCUGUAACUUUGUCAACUACUCCGGAUGCUGUGAAAAAUGGGAACUUGUGGAAAAAGUGAGCAGACUGUACAGGGAGAGUGAAGAAAACCACAAGACACAGGGUGAGAAGAUGCAGCUGAAUGACAACGAUGACAACCUGUGUCGGAUCUGCAUGGAUGCUGUCAUUGACUGUGUCCUGCUGGAGUGUGGCCACAUGGUCACCUGCACCAAGUGUGGCAAGAGGAUGAGCGAGUGCCCCAUCUGCCGCCAGUACGUUGUACGGGCUGUGCACGUCUUCAAAUCCUAAACCAAGACCAAAAAAGGAUUUUACAGUCAUCCCUCCAGCAGUGCUCAACCCCGGGGCACAAGUCAGCUUAGUUCUCAACAAAUAACAUUCUGAACAGCAGGAUUUAGGUGUUUGGGGAACAUUUUUUUCUAUAGCACACUGAGCGUGGCAGUGGGGCAGUCUGACACGAUGCUUGUGUACAGUAACAGCGCUGCCUGACUCGCCUUAUGAAUCCACAAACUGUUUGAGUCAAACUGUUUACAGCAGUUCUUGCUCUCUUCUGAAGAAUAUCACCUCGAAUGACUGUACCCAGCACUUGGCCAGUGGUCACACACCACCUCUGCUUGACAGUACUAGCAUCUUACCUUGUCUAGCCUCUUAGAAGCAACAGUUAUAUCAGUUGAAUAUUCAGCUUUUAUGUCAGUAUAGAAUGUAACUGUUCUGACACUGUCCCUGAAGCAGUGUUAACAGUAUAAAGUAUGCCUGUAGGAAGCACUGCCAUGAACUGUACCUGCACACAGGCCCUUAAGCAAUCCAUUUUAUGCUGAUUGCUUCCUUCUGAAUGUCUGACAUUGCACAGGGACUGUCUUGGCCCUUCUCUGUACAUGUACAGAAAGCUCUCUCGCAUCACAGGGCUCUGCCAGGUGGUGUCCAAAUAACAAUUACUAAGUUUUUGGGUUUUUUUGUUGGGUUUUUUUUUUUUCAGUUUAGGAAUAAACUAUUUUUUUAAGAAGGGGUAUAGUAACCUCCUGGUAGUGUGGUCCUCAAUCCACUCCUGCCUCUUGUAACUGUUAACCUGACACGUGAUGAUUGUACGCCCUGUGCCGACAACCUGAUCGUACUGUGAAUACCCAUCAGGGUCAUCCAACUCCCUGCUGCUAACACGUGGAAUGUAUGUACAGUGUCACCUCCAGCCCCCAGGGCUUCACUGAGGAAAGGAAACAGUCUUGGUUUAAACCCUCCUGCUCACAGGCUCCCAGCCAAGGCUGAGUCACUCUUAACACCCCUCUUCCCUUGGCUGCUGAACCACCCAAUGCCAGCAGAAGGGGUGAAGGGCUUCCUGGAGCAAGAAUCCAACUGUCCCUGCAGAGUAUCUAUGAGGGAGAAGGCAAGGAGACAGCAGCAAGAACAGCUUUUAGUCUGGAACAAACUGCCUUGGACUGCCUUCACUGGAAGAAAAAAAAAAAAAAAAGAGGUAAGGGGACCAGACUGUCCCAGCUGAUUAGCCAGGGGUGAGCACCAGGAAGUCUGUGUGUGUCUCCUGAGCUCCCCACAAGAUAGGGAAGUGCCAGAGCCAGGCAGGGGCUGCAGCACCCCAGACUUCUUACCUCUGCUACAUCAGCACUUGCUCUUGGCUUGUAGGUGAAAAAGCUGGCUUGAAAAAGAGAAAGUAUCUCCUCCUCCAAAUAAAACAUGCAGCUUGGAGACACCACUGGUUAUUUUUCAGAAGGGAGCAAACCUCUCCAUGGCUUUACUUUUUAGAAGUAACUUUUUAAUGGUACUUAAUUCCUGGUGUCUCUGUUUGGUGGGUAAGCUAAUGAAGAAAAACAUAACCCUGUGUUAUUUCCAUGCUGAUCAUUAGCCACACAAGCUUAAUAAAGAUUUGUGAUGGGC